CUGGAAGCAGAUAAUCUGAUAAACAAAGAAAAACUCAAAAAGGUUGGUUCAUCUUCACAGAUCUUCUAAAAAAAAAGGACUGCAAAUAGUAAUUCUCUCAAGGUGAACCAGAGCCCAGCAAACAUCAGUAUCUUCUUCACUCAUCCCUACCAUUGCAAUUCUCUCAAGGUCAAGCAUCACGCACAUUCAUCCCCGUGAGCCUCUUUUCAGUUUCUCCUUAUCUUCUCAUCUUUUCCUUUUUCUUUGAUCUUAGAGUGAAAAAUGAAAUGAAAUUCAUAACUUUGAUUUAUGACUAUUGUCGCAACUAGUGGAAGUGGUUGACUAUAAACAGUAAAAAGAAAGUGGUGAGUUUUCCUUUAAAAAUAUUGAAUCUUUUAAAAUUUAUAACUUAGAAAAUUUAAUUGAAUGAAAAUUAAAUUAAAUAACUAAAAUAAAUUCCGGUCAAAUUUAAAAAGUGCAAUUUGUAUUUUUGAUUAUUUCCAUUAAUCUUGUUGUUUAUCAUUUAUUUAACUACGGAAGGAAGUUCCCAAAAAGACAUUUUUGGUGGGAAACUCACAUAAAGCUUCACGCCUUGGUGUUGGAUAUGUACGUUGUACAAGUCGUUUACAUAUCUUUGUAGGCCUAAAAGUUAUCGGUACAGAAAUCAAAAAGAAAAGACAUUGGAUUCGAACAUUGUGAGUUUCAGAAAAGCAUGGAAAUUGUUAUAGUACUUUUGGUGGUUGUGGGAUUCGUCCUCUGUCGCCAUCUCAUUGACAAAUGGUGCCAGAGGCGCGAUAUUGAAGCUGCCACACAACCACCACCCUCAACCUCCAGUCAUCGAAAGGAGAUUUCAAAGACUUUCACUUCUUCUACCACUCAUCAGUGGGAGUAUGAUGUCUUCUUGAGCUUUAGAGGUGAAGAUACCCGCAAUGGUUUUACAGGCCAUUUAUAUAAAGCUCUAUGUGACAAAGAAAUUAACACCUUCAUGGACGAUAAACUUCGGAGGGGAGAACAAAUUUCAAAUGAACUUCUCAAAGCCAUUAAAAGCUCAAUGAUUUCGGUUGUUGUGUUGUCUGAAAAUUAUGCAUCUUCUAAAUGGUGUUUGGAUGAACUUGUUUGGAUUCUUGAGUGUAGGAAAAAUUUUGGCCAAUUAGUUUUACCAGUUUUUUAUGGAAUAAAUCCAUCAGAAGUACGUAAACAAGAGGGAAAGUUUGGGGUAGAAUUGGCUAAUCAUGAAAAAAAUUUAAAGGAUAACAUUGAUAAGGUGCAGGUUUGGAGGGCAGCUCUAAAUGAAGUUAGCAAUUUGUCUGGAGAUCAUUACAAUAACGGUUGUCUUGAAUCUAAAUUUAUCCAGGGACUUAUCGAACGGAUAUCAAGUACAACAUUAAACCGCACACAAUUAUUUGUUGCUAAAUACCCAAUUGGAGUAGAUUCUCGUGCAACAAAAAUAGAAGAGCUUUUAAAUAUUGAGUUAAAUGAUAUUCGAAUGGUGGCGAUCCAUGGCCCUGGGGGAAUAGGUAAGACUACAAUUGCAAAAGCUGUAUAUAACAAAAUUGUUGAUGGCUUUGAAGGAAGCUCCUUUCUAGAGAAUGUUAAAGGGAGGUCUAGGACAAAUGAUGACAUAAUACAACUACAAGAGAUACUUCUUUCUAAGCUCUUAGGGGAUGGAAAUUUAAAGGCGGAAAACAUAUCUAGAGGAAUCACUGUGAUAAUGGAAAGACUUCGCCAUAAAAGAGUUCUUUUAGUUCUUGAUGAUGUAGAUGAACAAAAGCAAAUAGAAAAUUUGCUUGGAAAAUGUGAUUGGUUUGCUCCAGGAAGUAGAAUCCUUAUAACCACAAGAGAUAAGCAUGUGUUAACCACUCUGGAACAAGAUACUCUAAUCUAUGAGGUUGAUGAAAUGGGCCCAUAUGAAGCUUGCGAACUUUUUAGUUUGUAUGCCUUCCAAACAAAUGAACCUAAGGAAGCUUACUUGCAACUUACAAGGCAGAUUAUCAAUUAUGCGAAUGGCCUUCCUCUAGCUUUAAAAAUAAUUGGUUCUGAUUUGCGUAGAAAAAGUUUAACUCAAUGGGAAAGUGCAUUGAAGAAGUAUAAAAAGGCUCCCAACAUGGAAAUUAUUAAAAUACUCAAAAUAAGUUAUGAAGAAUUGGACCAAAGUGAAAAGGAUAUUUUCCUCGAUAUUGCAUUUUUCUUCAAUGGGAAAAAGAAAGAUUAUGUUGUAAAUAUAUUAGAGGCAUGUCAUUUAUUUCCAAAUUAUGGUAUUCCAAAACUUAUUGACAAGUGUUUGAUAACUAUUGAUCGGUGUGGCUAUUUAUCGAUGCAUAACUUGCUACAACAAAUGGGAGAGGUAAUUGUUCAACAAGAAUCACCACAAGCGCUUGGAAAACGUACUAGGCUACGGGAUUAUGCGGAUGCUUUUACUGUUCUAACUGGAAAUAUGGUAUAAAUUAUUUUUCUUCUCUU